AUGAGAAGCAUCAAGUCUGUGGUUGUUGGCGACGGUGGUGUCGGGAAAACGUGCUUGCUUAUUUCCUACACCACCAACACCUUUCCCAAUGACUAUAUCCCCACCGUAUUUGACAACUACUCCGCGCUGGUGAUGAUUGACGGCGAACCCAUUAAGUUAGGGCUCUGGGACACUGCUGGGCAAACUGAAUACGAUCGGUUGCGUCCGUUAUCUUACCCUCAAACGGAAAUUUUCCUUUGUUGCUUCUCGGUUGUGUCCCCAGCUUCGUUUAACAACAUCAAGCUGAAGUGGAUUCCAGAAAUCUUGCACCACUCGCCCAAAGACAUUUUGAUUUUGCUUGUCGGUACUAAGAUUGAUAUGCGUGAUGAACCCCAUGUCAUCGACGAACUUGCCGAGAAAAAUCAAAAGCCCAUUACUUACGAACAAGGCGUGAAGCUCGCUCGUGAAUUGGGUGCAGUGAAAUACCUCGAGUGUUCUGCAGCCACUCAAGUUGGGGUGAAGGAAAUUUUCGAUUACGCUAUUCGGGCGGUGUUGGACCCACCCAACUCCAAAACUGAGUACGUUACCACCGCCACCGCCGCUGACGUUAACUCUGGGGCGGCAAAUCUGCAAGCCGCUGGCUCUAAGAGCAGUGCUCCUACCAAUCAAGCGGUGAUCCGCAAAAAGAAGGUCAAGAAGGCCAAAAAGUGCACGAUUUUGUGA